AUGUCUGCCGGACGUGCCAGCCAGCAAUCGGAGAAUCGCGGUGCUUCGAUCGCCAUGACGGUGGUGGCAGUUACGUUUGUGCUUCUGCGCUUCGUCUCCCGAUGCGUCCGCGGUACACCCUACGGGGCAGACGACUAUAUACUUGUGUUAGCCAUGAUCUUUGCCUUUGCGGUUUUGGGCAUCAAUCUAACAAUGGUUCACCACGGCCUGGGCCUGCAUAGGGACGAACUGCCGCCGCAGAAUGUCGUGUUUCUCAGCAAGCUCCUGAUGUGCAUGGAGUGUGUCUACUGCACGAACGUGGGCAUAAUCAAGCUGUCCAUUCUGGCCAUGUACCGACGCAUCUUCAUCGACAAGGCGACGCGCGCGGCAACCCUGAUCCUGGGGAUCAUCACCAUCUCCUGGGUCAUUGCCAUCCUCUGCGUCUCGAUCUUCCAAUGCACCCCCAUCGCCAAGGCGUGGAAUCCCGCGCUUCCGGGUCAUUGCAUCAACGUCAAGGGCUCGUUUAUGGGCAAUGCGGUCCCGAACAUCCUGACGGACGCCGCCAUUCUCAGUUUGCCGGCUCAUCAGGUGUGGAAGCUGCAUGCGUCGCUCACCAAGCGACUGGCCGUCAUAGGGAUUUUCCUGCUAGGCAGCUUCGUUGUCUUCUCGAGCAUCUACCGAUUCGUCACGCUGUUCCAUUUCCAGCCCAGCGAUAUGAGCUGGACCCUCUGCGCAACGAAUACCUGGUCGGUGAUCGAGGUCUGCUCCGGCAUCAGCUCCGCCUGUUUUCCGACACUGCGGCCGCUCCUGCAAUUGGUGUCGGACCGCUUCAGCACCACCCACGCCAGUCGAUCGCAGAGCCAGGGGCGGAUGGGCGAGAGUGGGUUCGAGUCGCGGCCCCCACGGUCGGGGCAGCGGGCGCGAAACUGGACGGAGGAAACGACGACCCAUCUGGACUUCAAGGAGGGCGACGAGGUGCCCCUGAGGAGCAUCGUGGCGACACGAGCCUUCUCCGUUCAUUCGGCUCGUCGUUCGGCUCGUUCCCCGAGUGUUUGA